AUGGGAAAAACUAUUGUUGUAACAGUAGGAUCUACGCAUUUCGAUGCAUUAAUAAAAAUAAUUGACUCCGAAGAAUUUAUCAAUGAAGCUAAAAAGCAAGGUUAUGAUAAUAUCAUUGCUCAAAUCGGCGCAUUCGAAGGAGAAAUCAAAAAUCUCAAGAAUUAUCAAAAAUACAUGAAGCCAAAUGAAAUGAAGGAAUCUUUCGCCAAAGCUGACCUUGUAAUUGGUCACGCUGGUGCAGGCACCAUUAUGGAAGUCAUGGCUCUUGGAAAACCUCUCAUUGUUGUUGUAAACGAUAUAUUAAUGGAAAACCAUCAAACUGAACUUGCAUCUAGACUAAAAGAAGAAGGAAUUAUUACAAUGUCAACUACAAAACAGUUCAUGGAAACAUUUAAGCAAGGUAAUUUUGAUGGACAUAAGCUAACUAUGAAUGCUGCACCAUUUGUUCAUAAAAUGGAUGUUUAUUUCCAAGGUUAA